ACGCCUUUUCACUUCAUUCGGCGUCCGGAGUCCGGACGCCAACUACGCUGACGUUUCUGCGAGAUUACGCGACGUGCACCGCAUUCGCGUCACCACCACCAUUACCACCACCACCACCACCAUCACCAUCACCAUCAUCAUUAUCAGCAUCGUCAUCAUCAUCUUCAUCAUCACCAUCAUCAUCAUCAUCAUCAUCAUCAUCACCAUCUCACCACCAUCGCCGCCACCGCAACGUCACGAGAAACAAUCGUGCUGUGCCCGUAAGCGAUGGGGGGAAAUCACGAGAGAGAUCGGUGCAACCGUAGAAACGGUCCGGGACAAUCGAGGCAUCCUAAAAGGAGAUGAGCACGUGCGAAUUAACCGAUCGCGAAUUAGCGAUCCAUCACGCUGGAAUGUAAUUUCGGCCAGCGUUCAAAGAAUCCAGAAGAGUUAUCACGUCUGCUUGGCGUUGGACCGGCGAACGACAACUUUUCCCUUCCGGCCGUGAGUAGUCAACCGAGACUGUAAAGCGGAUCGACGGUGUGAUGAUCUAUAUACAUAUAUUUUAACAAAGACGCCACGCGAAACGAUAAACGGUAUACGAUAUAUACGCGAAUAAUCACGUUGUCGCGAUCCGCCUUGUCGAAGAGACGACGGCGAUAACAUUUUCCCGCUCGCAGUGUGUGUGUGUGUGUGUAUGUGUGUGUGCGUGCGUGCGUGCGUGCGUGCGUGCGUGCGUGCGUGAAAAGUGUGUCAAAUGCUCCUGUUUAUAUAAAUCUUCCUUGAAAGUUCGUUUCUCCACACACACACACACACACACACACAUCCGAAAUAAUGAUGACGGCGCCAAGCUGAAGAUAUUGAAAAUUGAAGAAAAUUAUUGAAGAAAAUCUCAAACGAGUAUCGUCGAUAAUUUGACAAUGUGAUAAUGUGUUUGUAGUCAUAGAUUUGGUCAGACGGCUAGCGGAUGUGUCGUUGCUUGAGAAAUCAUCAGCACUGGCACCACCGCGCCGUCGAUAGCGUCGUAGCAUGACUGUCAUCGAUGUAACUCCAUGUUGUGACAAAGUAAUUAGUGUAGAUUACUGUUCUUUAAUACAAGAGCCGACUGCAACGAGGACGAGCACGAGCACGGCACACCGUCGUCGCUACGUAAACGAUAGCGAGGACGGAAGGUUUUUCGCCGGUUGACCGGCACUACUCGACGACGGCCCGACUACCCGUCGACGAUCAAGAAAGAUUUGUCCGCACAUCCGCAAAGAUGAAUUCCAGCCUCAGCCACGAGCCGCACGACAAUCUCACGCGGUCGACACCGUUGGAGAGUACGGGCUACACGUGCGGCCCGAAACUCGAGUCCUUCCACAGCAGCUACGCCCAGGUGCACGGCUGGGCGAGUCUGCAGGUAUGCGUAUUCGGCUCGAUCGCCAACGUCCUCAACAUCGCCGUGUUGACCCGUCGCGAAAUGCACUCGCCCACCAACAUGAUCCUCACCGGCCUCGCGGUGGCCGACCUCCUCGUGAUGAUCGAGUACAUACCGUACGCGAUCCACAUGUAUCUGUACCAGCGCUCCCGCAGGGACACUUUCACCUACGGCUGGGGCGUUUUCGUGCUGUUCCACUCCAACUUCGGCCAGGUCUGUCACACGAUCUCGAUCUGCCUGACAGUGACGCUGGCGAUCUGGCGGUACAUCGCGGUCGCGUAUCCGCAGAAGAACCGCGAGUGGUGCAGCAACACCCGCACCGUGCUCACGAUCGUCGGCGCUUAUGUCUUCUGUCCGAUACUGUGUGUACCGCUCUACGUCACCACCGAGGUGAGACCGCAGGUGGAGCUGUUGGACGAGGAGGGCAUGAACGUGAACCUGACCAAGCUCAACGGCACCGCUUCACUCGACGGCGCUACCAACACCACGUUGUACUUUGUCAAGCUUACGGAAACCGCGAGGAUGCACGCUGCGUUGAAGAAGAUGAACUUUUGGAUCUACAGCGUCGUGAUCAAACUGAUACCCUGCUUGGCGCUCACCGUGUUGAGCUUCAAGCUGAUAAGGGUGCUGGUGGAGGCGAAGAGGCGGAGGAGAAAGCUCACCGCGAAGAACACCGACAUCAAGAUGAGUAACGGCAAGGACGGCUGCGAGAAGCCGUCGGGCAAGAAGAGGCGGAAAGGUGCCGAUAAGGAGAAGCAGACCGACAGGACCACGAAGAUGCUGUUAGCGGUGCUCGCAUUGUUCCUCAUCACGGAAUUUCCACAGGGCAUCCUGGGAUUGUUCAGCGUUAUUCUGGGCACGAGUUUCUUCAACACGUGCUACGUCAUGCUGGGCGACGUGAUAGACAUCUUGACGCUCAUAAACUCGGCCAUCAAUUUCAUCCUGUACUGCGCCAUGAGUCGGCAAUUCCGGACAACGUUCAACCAGCUGUUUUGUAGCCGACUGUGGCGACUGAUCGGCAGGUGGAUGCCGGUGCCGCAUCAGCCGAUGGAGAACAACGGGAUAACCGGGACCAAUCACACGAUAACCCAGGUCACUCAAGUCUAGCGUCGAAGAGACCGACGAGCUCUUUGCUAUCCGCUGUAAGAAAAGUGCCGACUGGCUGAUUGCCUCCCUUUUUAUCCGACACACGUACUCGAGCUCGGAUUCGCGACUUUGAAAGAACGUUUUCUCAAAUUGAUUCCGUUUCCUCCCUGCCGCACUCCGCGGCACCUCUCUCUCUCUCUCUCUCUGUCUACCCUCUCCGUCGUCGCCGGACUGCUUUGUGUCGCCGCGCACUGCUUUCUCGCGCGAACAACGAAGAAAAAAAGAUGAGAUUUAUUUGCUAACCACCUUCCCCUCCCGUGUGCCAGUGUCUACUGAUUGCGACACUGCAAACUUUACAAACUGUUGGAACAUGUGUGUUCCCAUGACGAAGAGAACACCGCCGCCGUUUUCGAGGACACUCGGCAAAUCUCGAGUGCGUUACAAAUAUUUACCUCGAUUGGCCGACCCACUUCCUUCCAGCGCGUUUUUCUUUUUUUUUUUUUUUU